AUGUGCUCUAUCGGCGUCGCCGCGAUAGUGGGACAGAAACGGCAAAGAUUAACGACGGAAUCGCGCCUCCUUAAGAAGCGAUUCAGCGACAAGGACGACGAUUUCGCGUCCAUGUUUAUGCCCAAGCUGCAGAUUAACACGAUAUUAUUAUUAUUAUUAUUAUUAUUAUUACUAUUAUUAUUAUUAUUAUUAUUAUUAUUAUUAUUAUUAUUAUUGUUACUAUUAUUAUUAUUAUUAUUAUUAUUAUUAUUAUUAUUAUUAUUAUUAUUAUUAUUAUUAUUAUUAUUAUUAUUAUUAUUAUUAUUAUUAUUAUUAUUAUUAUUAUUAUUAUUAUUAUUAUUAUUAUUAUUAUUAUUAUUAUUAUUAUUAUUAUUAUUAUUAUUAUUAUUAUUAUUAUUAUUAUUAUUAUUAUUAUUAUUAUUAUUAUUAUUAUUAUUAUUAUUAUUAUUAUUAUUAUUAUUAUUAUUAUUAUUAUUAUUAUUAUUAUUAUUAUUAUUAUUAUUAUUAUUAUUAUUAUUAUUAUUAUUAUUAUUAUUAUUAUUAUUAUUAUUAUUAUUAUUAUUAUUAUUAUUAUUAUUAUUAUUAUUAUUAUUAUUAUUAUUAUUAUUAUUAUUAUUAUUAUUAUUAUUAUUAUUAUUAUUAUUAUUAUUAUUAUUAUUAUUAUUAUUAUUAUUAUUAUUAUUAUUAUUAUUAUUAUUAUUAUUAUUAUUAUUAUUAUUAUUAUUAUUAUUAUUAUUAUUAUUAUUAUUAUUAUUAUUAUUAUUAUUAUUAUUAUUAUUAUUAUUAUUAUUAUUAUUAUUAUUAUUAUUAUUAUUAUUAUUAUUAUUAUUAUUAUUAUUAUUAUUAUUAUUAUUAUUAUUAUUAUUAUUAUUAUUAUUAUUAUUAUUAUUAUUAUUAUUAUUAUUAUUAUUAUUAUUAUUAUUAUUAUUAUUAUUAUUAUUAUUAUUAUUAUUAUUAUUAUUAUAA